UGCCGGAAGCCCAACCGCCCCGCUUCCUAGUUCUUGCGUAUCCUUUGUUUCCUCGUUACCGCCACCCUCGCUUCGCGCCUGCAGCUGCCGCAGUCUUUCUUGAUUAAUCCGUCCCAUCUCCCGUCCUUCUUACUCGGCCCUGACCUUACUCAUAUCUCAACAGUGGACAGCGAACUUCAUUUCCGCCAGUACCCCGUACUUCCUGAAUCUCCGGAAGCGGCAGGUUGCCAUGGCGACUGUGUACACAGCCUGGCAGAGGCUCAAGCCGGGAUUCCUUCGCUGCUCCUGCAGCGGUCGUGCUGUGGGAGGGCUCCUACCGCCGGAGAGUAGUGACCGAAGAUGGACCCACAUAUGGAAAUUCAGCCACCCUCUGACUUCCAGCCAUGACCAUCACCACCAGUCACCAUUUCUUAAGCACCUGCUCUGUGCUGAGCACUGUUCUGAACUUUGAGGGGGGAUUCAAAAGAGAUAGAAGGCACAGUCCUGUCCCUCAAGCAGCUUGUAAUUUAAUCUGGGAGCUGAAACCCACUCAAAUGAUGCGGCGUAAGAACGGUAACAAGCAUUAUUUCAGUUGUUGGUGGAAAAUAGUGAGGCACCCUAUAAAGAAGCUAGAAUGGGUACUAGGAAAAAAGUUCAUGCAUAUGUCCGUGUUAAACCCACCGAUGACUUUGCUCAUGAAAUGAUCCAAUAUGGAGAUGACAACAAAACCAUUGAUAUUCACUUAAAAAAAGAUACUCGGAGAGGAGUUGUCAAUAACCAGCAGACAGACUGGUCAUUCAAGCUGGAUGGAGUUCUCCAUGAUGCUUCCCAGGACUUGGUUUAUGAAACAGUCGCAAAGGAUGUGGUUUCUCAGGCCUUUGAUGGCUAUAAUGGCACCAUCAUGUGUUAUGGGCAGACGGGAGCUGGCAAGACAUACACCAUGACGGGGGCAACUGAGAAUUACAAGCACCGGGGGAUCCUCCCUCGUGCUCUACAGCAGAUUUUUAAAAUGAUCGAAGAACGACCCACGCAUGCCAUCACUGUGCGUGUUUCCUACCUGGAAAUCUAUAAUGAGAGCCUGUUUGAUCUCCUGUCCACUCUGCCCUAUGUUGGACCCUCAGUCACACCAAUGACCAUUGUGGAAAAUACUCAAGGGGUCUUCAUUAAGGGCCUGUCUGUCCAUCUCACAAGUCAGGAGGAGGAUGCAUUCAGCCUCCUUUUUGAGGGAGAGACCAACAGGAUUAUAGCCUCCCACACAAUGAACAAGAACUCAUCCAGGUCACACUGCAUUUUCACCAUCUACAUGGAGGCCCACUCUCGGACCUUAUCAGAUGAAAAGUACAUCACUUCCAAAAUUAACUUGGUGGAUCUAGCAGGCUCGGAGAGACUGGGGAAGUCCGGGUCUGAGGGCCGAGUCCUGAAGGAAGCCACAUACAUCAACAAGUCGCUGUCAUUCCUGGAGCAGGCCAUCAUUGCCCUCGGGGACCAGAAGCGAGACCACAUCCCUUUCCGGCAGUGCAAGCUCACCCACGCCCUGAAGGACUCGUUAGGGGGAAAUUGCAAUAUGGUCCUGGUGACAAACAUCUAUGGAGAAGCUGCCCAGUUAGAAGAGACGCUUUCUUCACUGCGGUUUGCCAGCAGGAUGAAGCUGGUCACCACUGAGCCUGCCAUCAACGAAAAGUAUGAUGCUGAGCGAAUGGUCAAGAACCUGGAGAAGGAGCUAGCACUGCUCAAGCAGGAGCUAGCCAUCCAUGACAGCCUGGCCAACCGCACCCUUGUGAACUAUGACCCCAUGGAUGAAAUCCAGAUUGCUGAGAUCAACUCCCAGGUGCGGAGAUACCUGGAGGGGACACUGGACGAAAUUGAUAUAAUCAACCUCAGACAGAUCCAGGAAGUGUUCAACCAGUUCCGGGUGGUUCUGAGCCAACAGGAACAGGAACUGGAGUCUGCUUUGCGCAGGAAGUACACUCUCAUAGACAAGAAUGACUUUGCAGCCAUCUCUGCUGUCCAGAAGGCAGGGCUCAUGGACGUUGAUGGCCACCUAGUGGGUGAGCCUGAUGGACAAGGCUUUGGACUUGGAGUUGCCCCUUUCUCUACUAAAUCUGGGAAGAAAUCCAAGUCCAGAAAGACAUUCAAAGAACAGUUCAGCUCUUCAGCAAGAAAGGAAGGUGCCAGCAGCCCUCUGAGUGGCAAGGACUUGGAUGUUUCUACCUCCAAGACCCAGCUGACCCCAUCUUCCAAAGAUGGGGAUGUCAAAGACAUGCUUCUGCGGGACCGGGAGACCUCCAAUAUCGAGCCCUUUGCCGCAGAUUCCCCAAGGGAGGAAUUACGCCCACCCAGGCCCAGCACUCCACCCUGCAAGUCUGUGGCCUUUGAGGACUUUAAGAAUGAGCGGGGUAGUGAGAUCAACCGCAUCUUCAAAGAAAACAAAUCCAUCUUGAACGAGCGGAGGAAACGGGCCAGUGAGACCACACAGCGCAUCAAUGCCAUCAAACGGGAGAUUGACGUGACCAAGGAGGCACUAAAUUUCCAGAAGUCCCUACGAGAGAAGCAAGGCGAGUAUGAGAAUAAGGGGCUGAUGAUCAUUGAUGAGGAGGAAUUCUUGCUGAUCCUGAAGCUCAAAGACCUCAAGAAGCAGUACCGGACAGAGUAUCAGGACCUCCGUGAUCUCAGGGCUGAGAUCCAGUACUGCCAGCACCUGGUGGAUCAAUGUCGCCAUCGCCUGCUCACAGAAUUUGACAUCUGGUACAAUGAGUCCUUCUUCGUCCCCGAGGACCUGCAGGUGGCACUGAAGUCAGGUGGCAGCAUCCGGCCAGGCAUGAUGCCUCUUAGCAGAAUUGUGUCUCUGGGAGAAGAUGACCAGGACAAGUUUGGCCAGCUGCAGCAGACAAUGCUGCCCGAGGGACCAGAUUCUGUCUCCUUCUACAAUGCCAAAGUCAAGACAGAACAGAAGCACAAUUAUUUGAAAACCAUGAUGGGCCUUCAGCAGGCACAUAGAAAAUAGGGACUCAUGGCCAGUGCCUCGAAGGACAAGACCUCCAGCAAUUCCUGCCUGCUCUAGUGGAGCUACCAAAGCACCUGCCCAGACUCCACCCCCUCACUCCAAGGCUGGGGCCCAGUCCAAAGAACAUAUAAUGAACUGCCUGCCAGGAGGAAUAGCCUUCAAAGGACACCCAUGGCUAUCUUUUGGUUUCAAUUCACUGUCUUAUACGCAGGGACAGGAUAAAAUAACUCUCUAGUCUGGACUUUUA